AUGGAGGGUGAAAAUCUGUGCAGUAAUAGUCCAUCUUCAGGGUCAAGAUGGAAUCCCACAAAAGAGCAAAUAAAUAUGCUUGAGGGUUUAUAUAUGAAGGGACUAAGGACUCCAAGUGCAGAACAGAUUCAGCAGAUUACUGAAAAGCUUAGGGUUUAUGGUCACAUUGAAGGGAAGAAUGUUUUCUAUUGGUUUCAGAAUCACAAGGCAAGACAAAGACAGAAGCAGAAACAGGAAAAUAUUGCUUAUUUAAAUCGCUUUCUUCACACUACCCCAGUGAUUCCUACAUACCAAAAUGUUGUUAAGGAUCUUGUAACAUUAUAUCUUGUUGUUCAUCUAUCAAUUGUUUUCUUCACACAACCUCAGUUUUCAGUUGUCCGCAGUCCAUAUUACGUACAACCGCCUCAGAGUGAUUUAGGGUUCAAUUCGCAGUACUCAAAGGUGCCUGUGCCACUACCCGGAGGAUUCAAUACCAGAAUAAUCCCAGAAAACAUUGGAAAAAACAAGGACAAAGUCAUUCAUCCCAGAAGCAGAAACGAGGAGUUUGAUGUCAUUUCCAACAAGAAGUGGUCUAAUCAAGAAACAUUGGAUUUAUUCCCAGUACACCCAACUGGCAUUUUACAAGCAAAAACAAGAAGCCCUAACAGUGCAGAGAAUUCCACUCCUAGUAGUCCAAUUCCUUCUGAGAAUAAUUGCAUUUUUGGGCAUCCAUUUUUUGAAUUUUUCUGUGGAAAUGGUCCUUGA